AUGUCUACCUCUGAUACUGCCAUCCCGACCUCAGUCAAUGCUACUGAGCUGCUUGCCCAUGGAAAACCGUUCAUUGAAUUCCCUCGAUACUCCAUCUUCAAUCUAAGGCACCAGAUACUACCAGGUGAAAAGGUGGGCGGAAAAGCGGUGGUACCUGAGCAGAAUGCCUCCGAAUCUAUCGCUGGAGUUGUUGACAGCAAUGCGCCAGAAAAUUUCUCCCAGUGGUUGUCGACGAGGCUGCAGAUUGGGCAGCCGUUCGUGAUACAGGAUUUUGAUAAAUUACCGCAAUGGAAUAAGAAGCUGUUUUCUCUUGACGGGUUGAUCGAACAUUCUACGAAGAAAAAUAUUCCUAUUCGAAACUGCAGUACGAACAGAGACCUAAGCUUCACCCUUAAGAAAUUCGCCGAAGCCUCUGAACGCUCGUAUCGCGAGUUUAAAAACCUCUAUGCUCGCGACCUACGUUGUCCUGACUCUUGGUUAGAACAGUAUCGGCCGGUUCUCUGUUUUGGCACGGAUUUCAGCUCCCAAGCAAAAUACGACAGCUUCGCAGCCGCUCGUGGCGCAUCACCUCAUGUCGACUGGCUAAAUAUCGAACCUGAAGACCUCAAAAAGGCAGAUUUCCCAGUAUACAUCUGCGAACAAUGGCCUGGUGACUUGGUCGUCUUUCCUCCUGCAACAGCACACCAAGUUUGGAACCUUGGAAAUGUUUCAACGAAAGUGGUGUGGAACAUCCUGCAUCCUCUAUCCCUGGAUGCUGGCCUUCACUAUGUUCAGCCUCCAUUCAACCGCCUCUGCCAUCCAGACGUCGCUCGAUCAAAUCUCUCGCUGGCCUGCGCCAUGCUGAGUCUGCUCCGCGAGGAUAGGCCCGCAACCAUUCCUCCCGAUUUGCCUCUCCUCACUAAGCUCUUCAAACAGAUGGCGCAGGAUGAGACAAUUGACGAUCGUCCUGCGACAACGAUAACGCUCGUUCCUAUUCCGGAGACAGCUAUCGCAACUUGCAACUUCUGUGGAACCGCCAUCUGGAACCGACACUUACGUUGCGACCAAUGCCAGGAUUUUGAUCUAUGUCUCAUGUGCUAUUUAAGUGGCCGCAGCUGUGAGCACCCUUCAAGCUAUUCAUGGGCUGAAAUAGUGCCGCAAGAGACAUGCACGCGUGUUGUACUACGAGCAGAGUCUAUACUUGGGUACGAUAUAAGCAAAUCCUCCGAAGGAUCCCGUAUUCCAGACCAGCGCAAAACUCUAGGUACGGCGUGCUGCCAUUUCCCCUCUGCUUAUGUCAAGGCUGAAAAACCCGCAUCGAAGCGUAGAGUUCGACCGGGAGAUCCGCGGGGAAAGAACAUGGGGUUUACAGACAAUGUAUUUGACCAAAAAAAGAGAAAUACGCCUGCCCUCCCUACGUCUCCUACAUAUACGUCGCCACCCGCUGCUAGACAACAUAAACGGUCCAUCUCAUCAUGCUCGACUGCCCAACAAUCAUUGUUAUCUGCACCGCCUCGCCGUGCUACCGCUUCGGCUAUCACCCUCCCGACUCUCUCAACCCCUGAACUAACCCACUCGUCUAUUGUUCAUGGAAGAAGGGACUCCACCGUCGAGGUGAUCUCGGAUGGCACCCCCCAUGCGCGAUCCAAGAUGCGACGAUUGUCGAUUGUAUCGCGUGAUACUACACCGAAGCCCCAUCCCGAGGUACCUUCUGGUAGAACCCUUCUCGGGAUUGACUAUAUAACACAAAGGUCUUCCUCCAAUGACGACCAGUUGUCGCUUCCCCCUUUGAAGGGCAGCUCGCGCUCCAGCGGGCCUUUUACCACGGCCUCACCAUCUACCAUAUCCCGCCAGUCAAUGUCACACGAUGGCGGGAUGGCUACUCUUGCUACUCUCGCAAGCACUAGAGAGAAGGAGCAGGUCUCACUAACCAGUAGCAGCUCUAUUGGUGACGCUCCUCGAUAUGUUGACAGAGAUCCUAGGGGUGAAGGCAGCAGUGACACCAUGGCCCUAAUGCCACAGCCUGGGGCACAUUAUCAGCAUCAAGCUUACAUCCCACCUCACUAUCAAGGAAAUCCGCCAUCGCAGCUGAUGCCUCCGUCAUUCGGAGUUCUCCCUAACCCCAAACAACCGCCCGCUCACUAUCAACCCCCAAGUGGUGCAGGCAGUGCCUUCUUCAGCGGACCCCAAGCUACAUCAACCUCAACCCCUCGUUCAACAUCGAUGACAUUACCCUCAAAUCCCAAUCCCCCCUCGUCCGCUACCAACCCUAUACCUGCACUUGAGACGCAACUUCACCGGCUCCGUCAGUAUUCUGAAGAACUGCUUUCUCUCUCCCUAUACAACUCCCACAGGCUUCUUCAAGACGAGAUCCAACGGUUAGAGGGAAUAUUGCUAUUAGCGAAGAAAGACCGGAGUGAGCGUGUUCUCCGAAAUCUGGAAAUAGAAUUUCCGGCUUUGAUUAAUAUCCAUGAGGGUUUAAAACGGGAAGGCGCACGGUUAGGUUACUUCUAA